CUAUUUUCUAAAGUCUUGCUUAUGAAAGAUUAUGUUCACAAUAUUUUGCGCCCAUGAUUAGCUCCUGGCAAAACUUUGCUAUUGCGAUCCGGUUUCUUUUUCUUCUUUGUUCUCACGUUUUAUGUUGAAGGAUUCAGACCAGUAGUUCUCAGAUGAGCCGCGCAGUGGUUUCCAGAUCAGUAAGUGUAAGUUAGGGCGGCGUGAUGUGUUGUUCAGUGGGCAGAAUAAAAGUAUCGCAUUAUGACAGCCGGCCACAGUGGCUCACAAUCCCAGCUACAGAUUUUGUUAAUUAAUGAAGUUCUCAAAGGAUCCAAUUACAAUGAUUCAUUCCCCUGGAGACAGGAACUCUUCUGAGCGAAUUGCAAAAAGACGGACUACACGAAGCUCCAAAUAUUGGCCCAAGAUUAUAUUCCUGCUGACCAGCGUCGCCUUCUUGUUGAGUAGUGGUUGCAUAGUAGCGCUGGGGAUUUUCCAUCUAGCCUCUGAAAACAGUCAAAGUGAAAACAAGGAAACACCAGCGCUAAAAGACAGCUCUCCUCGGGACAUCACACCACAGGACAGCUCUUCUCGGUACAUCACUCCACAGGACAGCUCUCCACAGGACAUCACUCCACAGGACAGCUCUCCUCGGUACAUCACUUCACAGGACGACCAAGUUAAGAACAGUGAUAGAAGUUGUGAACAAGGAGACGUGACAUGUCUGUCCGAUAGCUCGAAAACAUAUUUGCCAAUAACUAAUGAUUAUGGAGAAACUGAUAUUCAAAUGCCAACUAGGAAUGUUUCGGCUCAUCUCAAGUAUUACAUAGAGGAUAACAAAGAUGGAAUGGCAAGAGGCUCAAAUAUAAGACUGCUGUUCAAUUCUGCUGCAUCAAAUAACUACGUCAAUGGAAUACAACUGGCGGGAAACAGCGUUGUCAUCCAGACAAAGGGAAGCUACUUUGUCUACAGCAACAUCCUGUUUUUAACAAACAAUUAUAAGCGCUACGAUCAAUUAGCGGAGAAGGUUUGGAAACAUGUGGUCAAGUUAAUCCGGGCAUCAUUAGGAACAGUAGAAGAUUUACUGCUGGCCUACCACACUUGCUGUAAUGAGUGUGAACGAGAAAGGACCACCUCCUACACGGCGGGAAUGUUCAAUCUAAACGUCAACGACUCCCUCUACGUAGAGGUCACAAGUGAAGGCAUCAGAUUUGAACCUACCUUUAGUUACUUUGGUCUUACGUUGAUGGAAGCUCCACCUCUAAAUGACGCACACAUGUGAACUUUUAACUUCAUGCCUAUUAAAGUGUUAGACACACUAUA